AUGAGAAGAACAAAGUGUCUAUCUGGUGCUGAAAAAAAGAAGAAAAGAAAGAGAUUGGAUGCAGUAACUCAGUCGCAAAAGGGUGCUCUAGAUAAAUUUAUCGUGAAAAAGUCUCAAGCAAGUUCUGAAGUUGAGGCUCAUACUGCAGAAUUUGAUGAAGGUGAUAGUGGUGACGAACGCGCUGAUGCUUAUACUGAUGAUGAAGGUAAUGAUGCUAAUACUGAUGAUGAAGGUAAUGAUGCUAAUACUGGUGUGGAAGAUAAUGAUGCUACUGUUCACGAUGACACCAAUAGCUCUUUUCAUCCUGAUAUAUUUGAUCCAAGAUAUUGGGAGGGUCUUGAUCCUAAAAUGGUCGACAUUUUGCUGCAAAAGGGUCCUAAAAGAGACAAGUCAAUUAAGCAUGGUCCUAGAGACAAAAUAUCUAGAAGGUUUUCUGCAACGGCAUAUAGUAGAGUUCUUCCAAACGGAGAAACAUUUAGCAGUAGACUUCAACAACAUGAAACUAGUAGAGAACAUGUCACAAAUAUGAGCACAUGGUAUGACUUGCGUACGAGGUUGAAGAACAAUCAAACAAUUGAUAAAGUUGCUCAGCGAGAACUUGAAAAGGAAAGGGAUCAUUGGAGAAAAGUUUUGUACAGGAUUCUCUUGAUUGUACAAUUUCUUGGAGAACAUAACAUAGCAUUUCGUGGCACUAAUUGUAAGUUGUACCAAGACAGCAAUGGCAAUUUAUUGGGACUAGUUCAAAUGUUGGCUAAAUUUGACCCGGUUAUGAAAGAGCAUGUUGACCGAAUUACCAAUGAUCAAACUCGUGAUCACUAUCUUGGUCCUUCCAUCCAGAAUGAGUUGAUAACUUUGCUAGCUACUGCAAUCAGGUCUGAAAUCAUUGAAAAGGUAAAAAAGGCAAAGUACUUCUCAGUUAUACUUGACUGUACUCCUGAUGUAAGCCACCAAGAACAGAUGUCUUUGAUAAUAAGGUAUGUUGAUGCAUCUUCUGGUUCCGUUUGCAUCGAGGAAUCUUUCUUAGGUUUUUUGAGUGUGAAUGAUACCUCUGGCCAAGGACUGUUUGAUGUUUUACAAGAUGAACUGAAGAGUCUUGAACUUGAUAUAAACAAUGUGAGAGGACAAGGAUAUGAUAAUGGAUCAAAUAUGAAAGGGAAACAUCAAGGCGUACAAAGGAAACUUUUGAAUGUAAACCCAAGAGCAUUUUAUUCAGCUUGUGGUUGUCAUAGCCUGAAUUUGACACUAUGUGAUAUGGCAAAUUCCUGUCGUAAUGCAACCGAGUUUUUUGGAAUUAUCCAGCGCAUCUAUACAACAUUUGCUAAUUCUACAAAGAGGUGGAAAAUUCUUAAAGAUAAUAUAACAGGAUUGACUCUCAAGUCAUUGUCAGCUACUCGUUGGGAAAGUCGUGUUGAGAGUGUUAAGGCUAUAAGGUUCCAAAUGUCAGAUAUACGGGAGGCUUUGCUGCAAGUGGCUGAAAGUGAUAAGGAUCCACUUACAAGUAGUGUAGCUAAAUCAUUGGCAGAACAUGAGCUUGGUGACUUUGAGUUUAUCGUUUCUAUAGUCAUAUGGUAUGAGAUAUUAUCUUAUAUUAAUGUGGUAAGCAAGCAACUGCAAUCAAAAGAUAUGAUUAUUGAUAUUGCCAUUGAGUCUGUACAGGGGUUGAUUUCCUUUUUCACUAAGUAUAGAGAUACUGGCUUUUCAAAGGCAUUGGAAGCUGCUAAAAGAAUUGCAAUGGAGUUGGAUAUUAAUCCAGGCUUUCGCACCAAGCGUAAAAUUACAAGAAAAAGACAGUUUGAUGAGGGACCGGCUGAUGCACCUACUGAAUCACAUUCUGCAGAGGAGUCAUUUAGGAUCAAUUAUUUUUUGCGUAUUGUUGAUCAAGCUAUUGCUUCACUUAAAACCAGAUUUGAACAAUACCAAGAGUAUGGAAACACUUUUGGAUUCUUGUUUACUUCUGAUAGGUUGCGAUCCUUGGAUGAUGAGAGUUUGAAGGAUUCUUGUCUGAAACUUGAGGCUGCACUUAAACAUGAAAAGGAAACCGAAACGCUUAUGGAUAUUGAUGGAGAAGAAUUGUGGAGGGAGUUAGUUCUGAUCCGGGAGUUACUUGAGAAAUCUAUGGGUCCUCUUGAUAUUCUGAUGUUUUUGGAGAAGCAUCCGUUUUAUCCUUUUGCUAAUGUCGCAUACAGAAUUUUGUUAACCGUUCCUGUUACUGUUGCAUCUGCGGAAAGGAGCUUUUCUAAACUCAAGUUGUUGAAAUCCUACAUGCGUUCUACUAUGACACAAGAAAGACUCAGUUCAUUGGCGACAAUAGCACUCGAGAGUGAUAUCUUGGAGAAGAUCAAUUAUAAAAAGAUGAUCGAAGAUUUUAUUUCAAGAAAUACAAGACGGAUGAACCAAGGGGAAAAGAGCAGAUCAAGUAGCAGUGCAAGUGGGAGCAAAUCAAUUAAAAGUGCAAGCGGGAAAAGAUCAGACGUUCCCCAGCUCGGACAACAGGCCAAACAAUCGAUCCCACCCCUCAAGGUGUUAUCCGGAAAUGUUCCCCCACCAUCCGUGCAGCAGCAAAGUUUGGAAGAAGCACAGAAGUGGGCGGAUGAAUGGGGGAUGAGUGUUGAAGACAUUUUGGCUUCCCAAGACGAGUUGUUUCCGAAGGCUGUUGUAGCCCCUAAGCCUAAAUUUAUCAUGGGGGAGUCUUUGGUCAGCAAAGAGAUGUUGGACGAAAUGCCAACACGUAUGCAUCACUUGCAUGCAUGGUACCUGACUGCCGCAAAGAAUGGGAGAAUAAUGAUCGUGGUGAAAGUCCCACAGGAGUACUACGGCCGACCCGAAGAGAUCCAUGUCGACUUUGACGAACUCUUCCAGAUGUACAAUUGCGAAGCCCUCGACAAAUCUCUCAUGAGUUGCUAUUAUAAAGUUCAUAUACAGACGCUAACUGAUAAGCCCGAGGAGACGGAGGAAAACCUUCUAAGGUUUCUAAUGGACCAAAAUUUCUGUGACCACAUGCUGUUUCCUUACAACUUCAGCUUCCACUGGAUUCUGCUAGACAUUCAAAUUGAUAAGAGAAGAGUUGAUGUCUUCGACCCAUUAACGAGAGACAUGGAACAGUUCCAAAGCAUGCAGGACAUGCUCCAAAGGGUUUGGAAGCGGUUCAAGAGCAAGACUGUCGGUAUCUCUCAUGAGAAGCUGACGUUUAGGAGUGUUCAGUGCGACCAGCAACCACCGGGGACGCAUCUAUGUGGAUACUACAUUUGCGAGUUCAUUCGCACGUAUACCUCUGAGCACAAGGAUUAUACAUACGACUUCGACGCCAUGCGGGAGAAGUCCCAACCAGAGCAACGUGCAAUUGCUGUUGCAGAGGAGCUGGCGGAUUUUUUGAGGGCAGAAGCUAUAGAAGACAAAGGACGAUUUAGUGUAGCUCAGGGCCAUUACUGA